AUGAAGCUGAACUGCUUUGGAAAAACACCAGAACGGGAUCUAUGUGAACUGCGAGAUGAGGAAAUGGAAGCCAUCAAAGAAGUUUGGGUUAGGUGAGUUCUUUUUCUCGAAAGUCAGUCGAUCUACAACCUCUACCGUACACAGAAUCUGAUUUUGAACAUUUUCCCCAAACUUUCAGAUAAAACUUUUCUCUCUCAUUCUCAAAUUUAGUUGACGAAAAUGCAGAUUUUUAUUCCUUUAAACCCACACAAAAAAUUGUUCCUAGAACUCCCCAAAAAAUCUACGUUUACAGAGCAAAAGAACGUGAGAUCGGCAAACAUAUUCUGCAAGAGCUUAUCGAAAGGAAACCUCAAUUUAAAGAUUAUUUUGGUAUUCAGGCUGACGAGAAAGAUGUUUUCAGCUGUAGAGAAUUCCAAUUACAAGCACAUCGAAUUCAGAAUUUUCUGGAUACCGCAGUCUCGUCUCUCGGAUUUUGCCCGAUGAAAAAUGUUUUGCAAAUGGCUUAUCGGAUAGGACAAAUUCAUUUUUAUAGGGGAGUCAAUUUUGGCGCUGAUAACUGGUUGACUUUUAAAAAAGUCACUGUUGAAAUUGUAACACAAGAAAACUCAAAAACUGAAAAUGGCGAAGAUGAAAGCAUUAAAGACACGGUGAGUUGAUUAAUCUUUGUUUUGACGACGUCCGGAAAUCUUUGCAGGCAACGACGAUUUCGCUAUUUCCUGCUAAUCAAAGUUGUCUGGUUGUUAUUGGUUGGGAAAAAUUUAUGGGUUCUGUCAUAAAGGAGAUGAAAAAAGGUGAGCUUAUUUUCUAGAUAAAUCUUUAGAUCUCUCAAACUUCUUGUUUCAGGAUUCUUGGACGAAGCUCGUCGGAAUUGUCACGAUGAAGAAACGAGAUUCUAA